AUGUAAAAACUAUCCUGAAGGAGGUCAGCGGCAAGCUGCGCUCCGGGGAGCUGACUGCCAUCAUGGGACCUUCCGGUGCUGGCAAGAGUACCUUGCUCAACAUCCUGUCGGGAUACAAGACCACUAACAUCGAUGGAUCGAUAACGAUGAACGGAAAGGAGCGUAACCUGAGCCAGUUCCGCAAACUGUCCGCGUACAUCAUGCAGGACAAUCAGCUGCACGCGAACCUUACCGUCGAGGAAGCGAUGAACGUGGCCGCGAGCCUCAAACUCAGCCAGAAGGUGGAGAAAAGCGAGAAGCAACAUGUGAUCAAAGAGAUUCUGGAAACUCUUGGGCUGGAAGAGCAUCGCCCGACGCUCACCCGGAACCUGUCCGGGGGCCAGCAGAAGCGCCUGUCGAUUGCGCUCGAGCUGGUCAACAACCCACCGAUCAUGUUCUUCGACGAACCCACAUCCGGUCUGGACAGUUCCACCUGCUUCCAGUGCGUCAGUCUGCUGAAGUUCCUGGCCCGCGGAGGACGCACCAUCAUUUGCACCAUCCAUCAGCCGUCGGCUCGUCUGUUCGAAAUGUUCGACCAGCUAUACACACUGGCCGAUGGACAGUGCGUGUACCAGGGAAGCACUCGGCAAUUGGUCCCAUUCCUGGGCACGCUCGAUCUGGACUGUCCGUCUUACCAUAAUCCGGCGAGCUACGUCAUUGAGGUGUCCUGCGGGGAGCACGGUGACCACACGCGCAAGCUCGUGAACGCGAUCGAGAACGGCAAGAAGGAUAUCCGGUCGGAGCUAGACUUCCCGGCGCAGAAGAACAAGAAGAACGAAAAUGCGGCCAACGGAAAUGCCAACCUGAAGGUGAAUUACGAGCGCAUGAACGGCGGAGCGAACAAGUACGCGGACAAUCUGAACCUCGGCGGGAAUGCGCUGCUACCGCCGUCGAUGGUGAACGAUAUUGCGAAGGAUACGGAAACGAUCAAGAUUGCCGUCGAGCCGGAGAAGGAACCGGAGGUGAAUAGUGCCCUGCUGCCGGUGGAGGGAUCGUUGGAUGUGGAUCCGUCGCCCGAGCGCUAUCCCACCUCGGAGUUUCACCAGUUCUGGGUUGUUCUGAAGCGGACCUUGCUGUUCAGCAGACGUGAUUGGACUCUGAUGUACUUGCGUUUGUUCGCCCACAUCCUGGUUGGCUUCCUGAUCGGCACACUGUACUACGAUAUCGGCAACGACGGUGCCAAGGUGCUGAGUAAUCUGGGAUUCCUGUUCUUCAACAUGCUGUUCCUGAUGUACACGUCCAUGACAAUCACGAUUCUAUCAUUCCCGCUCGAAAUGCCCGUGCUACUGAAGGAAAACUUCAACAGAUGGUACUCACUGCGGUCAUACUAUCUGGCGAUCACGGUUUCGGACAUACCAUUCCAAGCGAUCUUCUGCGUGUUGUACGUAUCGAUCGUAUACUACUUCACCUCGCAACCGCUGGAGUGGUUCCGGUUCGCCAUGUUCCUCGGCUCCUGUCUGCUGAUCUCGUUCGUGGCCCAGAGCGUCGGGCUGGUGGUUGGUGCUGCGAUGAACGUCCAGAACGGAGUCUUCCUGGCCCCGGUCAUGUCCGUGCCGUUCCUGCUGUUCUCCGGAUUCUUCGUUUCGUUCGACGCCAUUCCAAUCUACCUCCGGUGGAUUACGUAUCUGUCGUAUAUCCGGUACGGCUUCGAGGGCACGGCGCUGGCCACCUACUCGUACGGUCGCGAAAAGCUCAAAUGUCACCAGGUGUACUGUCACUUCAAGUCGCCCUCGACCACGCUCGAGGAGUUGGACAUGUUGGACGCAAAUUUCACACUCGACAUCGUCGCCCUGAUCAUCAUCUUUAUCGUGCUGCGAGUGGCCGCGUUCCUGUUCCUUCGCUGGAAGCUGAAGACCACCAGAUAAAACUCCGGACCAACCUGGAGAGGAGAAGAGGACGUAGCGUUAAGCCAAAGUAGUGUGUAAGAGAUUUUCAUUUUUCUUAUUGCCGAACCAAAAAAAUACUAAAACGAGUGCGAAAACCUGCCGGAGGAUGUAAACCACCGGAGAUUAGGGUGACUUUGCCGGACCGGAUGUGAGGAGCUGCGAACAACACAUAUCAGAACGGACACGACCAAUCUAGUAACAGGAACCGGAAACGUGAUGCAUUAUCGCAGGCAAAAGGCUCAAGGAUGUGCUUUGCAAUGAAAUAUGGUGCCUUGGCAGGACGAAUUUCCACAACAUAUCUACAGCACACAGCAAAAUGUCGUACGGUUAUCUCUCUUUGCAGAGAUUUUUGAUACCUUUUUCUACAUUCUCUGCCGCUGUCUUUCAACUAUACAUUUAGGCUCCAGCGUCGAUAGUGGAUAGAGAGAAACGGGGUUUCUUGCUGUCAUUGAAGGGGAAAAUGAAAAUACGGCCACUAUAUGUGAUAACAUUUUACCGAAAGCAAUUAAAUGGUUAAACACAAACACACAGCUUAUUUUGUACAACGAUUUGUUUAACAAUCAAGUGGAUUACAAAUGGAUGUAAUGGAUACAAACGAUAAACA